ACUAAUGAGAAGUUUGCUAUGGAAACUUUCAUCAAACGCAACCAGAAGGUCUUCGGGUGUCAGCAGCUUCUGAGUGAUAGAGAGAGAGAGAGAGAGAGAGAGAGAGAGAGAGAGAGAGAGAGUUUAUAAAGCACGCGCAGGACUAAAACACAUUCAUGCAUACCGGAGCAGCCGCGAUGUCUCGAGAUAGAAUUCCACCGGUAUCUUCUGUUGUUCACAUGCUCGCGUGAAGAAGGGAUUCUUCCCGUGUGUUUUUUCCCCAAGACUCCCGUCCAACACACACAGACACACACACACACACCUGCGCGCGCUUGUGCGGGUAGGGAUGUGGCGACGAUGGCAUGCGCGAGGAGGAUGAAAACUUUGGCGUCGACGUGCGUGAUCCUGAGCGGCAUGACCAACAUCGCGUGCCUGCUGUACGUCGGCUGGAUCACCAAUUUCGUGAACGAGAAAGAUCCGGAGAGAAAGUUGGAGGAGGAUAAAGGAGAGACGCUGCGCAUCAUCGAGAGACUGGAGCGGCUGGAGAACGUUGUCAACUCACACCUCCAAGAGUCAAGCAAGAUGUCUUGAGAAAAUAAUCGCUACAGAAUCAUCCACAAAAACCUCCCUGAAGACCGUUGUUUGCAAUUUUUGCUCUGACAAAGAUGAAUAAAUCUGUAUUUUGGAAAACAGGACAAAACCAUUCCAUGCAGCCCACCUCGUGCAUUCCUUCUGCAAACGCUUUAAUGACUGAACAGAAUCAGACACAGGAUACGAGUAAGUAUACCUAUUAUAGUGACACAUUACGGCUGAAUCACCUAAACACAUGUGCUCAGGCAUCUAUCCAUCCAUUUUCUGUACCGCUUAUCCAUCACAGGGUCGCACAGGGAGUCUGGAGCCUUUCCAUGGGAACUCUGGGCAUGAGGCGGGGGACACCCUGGACAGGGUGCCAACCCAUCGCAGGGCACAAUCACAUACACACAUUCACACACUAAGGAUUUGGAAUUUGGAAAUGCCAAUCACCCUACAACAUAUGUUGUUUGGACUGGGGGAAGAAACCGGUAUGCGAAGAGGAAACCCCCGAAGCACAGGGAGAACAUGCCAACUCCACACACACAGGCCGGAGGUGGGCAUCGAACCCCCAACCCUGGAGGUCUGAC